UGUAAGGCAAAUCGAUCAAUGCCUUUUGUUGUGAUCGUGUGAGAACUGAGAAUGUGUAUAAUUUAAUUGAAUUAAAUUUUAUGAAUAUUGUAGGAAAUGAUGAAAUUAUCGACUAACGUGUACCUACCACACUAAUGGUUUUUGUAACAAUUAACUAUUAGCUGAAAAAGGGUAACAAAAACGAAUCAACCUCAAAUUACUUGUAAAAACCAGCUACAAGUUUAACUUGUAUUGUAAAAAUGGCAAGUAUGGAAGAAAUUGAGAGGGAUUUACUGAAGAUAGACAAGGAGAUCGAUAGGAUUGAAGCUGUUAUAAGCAAGUUGAGGCUUGAUCAACGCGAUCUUAUAAAAAGAAAGACAACUUUGAAAAAUUGUAUAAAUAAAAUAAGGUCUGACAAAUUAUCUCAUUUAGAUUGGGCCGGAACUACGUACGAAUGGUCUGAAGACGUACUCAAGAUUUUGAAUGAUGUUUUUCACAUUACAAGCUUUAGACCCAAACAACUUGCUGCAAUUAAUUGUACUUUAUCUGGCCAGCAUGCCAUUGUAGUCAUGCCAACAGGUGCAGGGAAAAGUUUAUGCUAUCAAUUACCAGCUCUUGUAAAACCAGGAAUAACUUUAGUAAUCUCACCACUGGUCUCUUUGAUGGAGGACCAAGUGAGGUCCCUGACUAAAAAGAACAUACCAGCAAAGUUAUUGUCAAGCACGAGCCCCAAACAAGAGACCACAGAAAUAUUAAAUGCAUUAAAAGACAGUCAAUCAGAUAUGAAAUUACUGUAUGUAACUCCAGAGAGACUAGCAAAAAGUAAGAGAUUCAUGGCUAAUUUACAAAAAUGUCAUGAAGAAGGCAGACUACAAAGAAUAGCUAUUGAUGAAGUACACUGCUGUUCUACCUGGGGCCAUGAUUUUAGACCUGAUUUUAAAUUCCUAGGGGUGUUAUCUGACAUGUUCAAAGGGGUACCUAUUUUGGGUCUCACUGCUACUGCUACAGUGAAUGUACUAGUAGAUGUUCAGAAAAUAUUGAAUAUUUUAGGCUGUUUGGUUAUUAAAUCAACCUUUAAUAGACCCAAUUUAUUCUACAAAAUAAUGGAGAAGCCCACAUCUCAGGAUGAGUGUAUGUUAAUACUAGAAAAAUUACUCAAAGGAAGGUAUAAAGGUCAAAGUGGAAUUAUAUAUGCCCACAGCAUAAAAGAUGCAGAAGAUAUUGCAGAAAAAUUACGGAAAAGAGGAUUGAAAGUGGGAUGCUAUCAUGCCAAUCUAGAAGCUGCCACCCGAUCAGAAGUACAUCUGAAAUGGCAUGAUAAUCGCUACCAAGCUAUUGUGGCUACAGUGGCCUUUGGUAUGGGGAUAGACAAGCCAGAUGUUAGGUUUGUGAUACAUCACAGCAUUAGCAAAUCAAUGGAGAAUUACUAUCAAGAAAGUGGCAGGGCUGGCCGGGAUGGUCUAAGAGCAGAAUGUGUGAUUCUGUACAGAAUGCAAGAUAUUUUCAAAGUCAGCACAAUGGUCUUUUCUGUUGCUGCAACACUAAAACACCUUUAUGGUAUGGUGAAGUACUGUUUAAAUGGUUCCUUAUGCAGAAGGAAGGUGAUAGCUGAACACUUUGAUGAAAAUUGGGGUAGUACUGACUGUAGGCAAAUGUGUGAUGUCUGCUGCAACCCAGAGAGCAUUGUUAGAGAAAUUGACCUGAAACCACACUGUAAAACAAUAUCUGAGGUUGCUGCCAUUGCCGAAUCUGAAGAUGUCAAGCUGACAGCUCAGAAAUUGCUUGAUGCCUGGUUUUUAAAAGGUCCAACUAAUUUAAGGCAUUCUGGAAAAGCACCAAACAUCUCAAGAUCCCUUGGAGAAGAUAUCAUUGCCUAUUUACUAGUUAAAAAGUGCUUGAAUGAACAAUUUCAUUACACAGCAUAUUCUACUAUUAGUUAUAUAAAAACUGGAGUUCACAUGGCUAAGAUAAAAGAUGAUAAUGAUGUCUUUAAAAUGCCUGUUAGAAAAUACUUUAGUUUUGAUCUGGAUACACCUCCUGAUAUGGAUGUGGAAUUUAUGGAUAUGGAUGAAACUGAUGAAAAUCCUACAGAGACUGUUGAGAAUAAGGACAAUAAAAAGCGGAAGUCUGAUAGCAGUAAAGAACCCAGAUCGAAAUUGCCCAGACCAAAAUCAUUAGUGAUUGAUAGUGAUAGUGAUUUUUACGUCAUGGAUAAUUCAGUGGGGCAAACUCUCGAAAAAAUUAAACUUCAAGAACAAAACAAUGAGAUCAAACUCAGAGAAAAACGUGAAUUGAACAAUGCCCUUAUGUCUCUCCACCGAGCAAUUCGCGACUCCACAUCUCAGUUAGGACAACUUUCAAAAGAGUAUGUAAGUCUGACUGAAACAACUGAUAAAUUGUCGGCUCGUUUAGAAGUAGAAAAGACACGGCGAAACGCCCUCGCCGAUCAACUUUACAGCAGUUGUAAAGAAUUAGAUGAACUUCGAAACUCAUCUUGUGAUGGCGUAACUGCAGUGUGGAACAAAAGAUCUAAAUUACUUGAGGCAAUUCAAGGCAUCGCAGACAAAUGCGACAUUUGGGCGUUACUGAUUAGGCCCACUUGCAAUGAUAUUGGACCGUGUGCGAAAAACUAUGAAAUUAAUCAAGAACCCGUACUGAAUGAUGAUAGACUGAAGACCUCUAUAGAACGACGGAACAAGAUGCUAGCUGAGCGUGAUCGCUUAUUAACUGAACCUGAAAUAGGAGAAGAAUUUAUUAGAAUCAAGAAUGCACUACAAUAUUCAAUGGGAUUCGCUGCUAACGUUGAAUAAAAUAAAAAUGUUU